ACACCACACAUGAUAAAAAGUAGACUAGUUGAUAAAAAAUAAUAAUCAGUAGCGCGCGUUAUAUGUAAAUAAAAGUAUGGCUCUCUCCUUACAUAAAUUAUUAUUUAACUCAACUAAAAAAAGUAAACUGCCUUAUUUAAAUUUUUUUAAACAAAUCACUUCCCAGAAUUAUUUAGUGACCCAGCGGACAAAAAAACAAUACCACAAUAAUGACAAUAAUUACAAAAAAACGUCAACGUUGACGCGUGAUUUCAAUUUAACCUAUGCAAUGUCAAUUGGUGCACUAGGUUUCGCGUACGGUUUUUACAAGUGGAGUGACAGUGACAGUAAUUUUAAAAAAUAUUUAAAUUAUUUUUCUAAUAUAUUAAUACCUAAAAUUCAUGCCAAGACUUCUGGUACUUCAGACGUCAAUGAUAACAGAAAUAAAUACAAUUUCAUUGCUGAUGUUGUGCAAAUAUCAGCGCCCUCAGUUGUGUAUAUAGAAAUUAAAGAUCAAAAGAGACUUGAUUUUUUUACAGGACAUCCAGCGACAACGAGCAACGGAUCGGGAUUUAUUGUCAGUGACGAUGGUCUGAUACUUACAAAUGCUCAUGUUGUUAUCAAUAAGCCAAGUACACUGGUUAAAGUCAGACUUCAAGAUGGAUCAACUUAUACAGGACAAGUUGAAGAUAUUGAUCUUCAUAGUGAUUUAGCAACAGUUCGAAUUAAUAAGAAAAAUUUACCAGUGAUGAAACUCGGGAGUUCAUCAGAUAUACGACCUGGUGAAUUUGUCGUAGCAAUAGGUUCACCACUAGCACUUAGUAAUACCAUUACCAGUGGGAUUGUUAGCAGUGCAAAUAGACAGAGUGAAGAACUGGGUUUGCAUCAUAAACACAUGGGAUACAUUCAAACUGACGCUGCAAUUACUUUUGGGAAUUCUGGUGGUCCACUAGUAAACUUGGAUGGCGAGGCAAUUGGUAUAAAUGCAAUGAAAGUCACUGCUGGUAUUUCAUUUGCGAUACCAAUCGAUUAUGCAAAAGAGUUUUUAAAAAAAGCUCAAGCUCGACGGCAUAGCCGAGACAAUGUUGGAGCUAAAAAUAAUGUCGAACAAGGUAAACGGCGUUAUGUGGGCAUCACUAUGCUUACUCUUACGCCUGAUAUACUGUUUGAAUUACAACAACGCAAUAAUAAUAUACCAAUUAAUGUAAGACACGGUGUACUUGUGUGGAAAGUCAUACUGGGUUCACCUGCAUACAACGGAGGUCUACGAGCUGGAGACAUCCUGACACACGUAAACGACGAGCCAGUGGUCGAAGUUGCCAAUAUCUACAAAGCUCUUGAAAAACCCGGUUCUUUGAUCAUGACCGUUUUGAGAAACGGCGAGACACUCAAGUUAAGAGUAGAACCUGAAGAUGUUUAAAAUUAUUACCCAGCGUAUUUUAUAUUUCAUCCAAACACGUUGUGUCAAGAAGAGAGUCAUUAAAAAUGUUUGCAAUAAAAAAUAAAAAUCAUACAUGCGUCUAUGCUUAUAUUUAUAGACAUAGACAUAGAGAUAGAGAUGGAGAUAAAGAUAAAGAUAGAGUUUUCCUACGUACACAACUUUUUUUUCGCAAAUAUAACCGGAAAGACGAUAAAUGUACUGGUGGAUUGAGGGUAGAAAAUACAGUGGGUGUGGUCUCAAUAUUAACUACACACAUACUCUUUUCGUUGGUAUAUUUGUUGUGUUGGCGAUCCGCCGUUUUACGACACACACCAGCAAACUUUGCCAUACCCUUCGUUAGUAGUUAAUAUUUACAUACGUGGGAAUACACUAUUUAAACAAAAUAUUUGAAUCGUUCAUGCGCACAUUUUGUCUCAUAUUUAAACAUAUUUCCUUUUUAAUAUUAUUAUUUUUUUCUCUUUUUUUAUACUCUGGAAAAAAAUAUAGGUGAGUACCACCCACACAUUUAAAAUGUUUUAUAUUCCACCAUGAAUUUAAUAUCCACGUGAAUGAAAAUCUCCGGAUGCUAUAUCCACUUGAACAACUUUCGAAGAGCCACUACUACACACCGGUAUCAUCAAACAAUUCAUUAAACUUUAUCGGGUACUAACAAAUAGAUGACGCAACAAACGAAACGAAUGAAAAGUAGUGAAAUGAAUGGACGUCAAUAAAUUUCCUAUACGUGUAUAUACAUUUGAAAACGAUCCCUCUAUAUAUGUAUGCAUACAUAUAUAGAUGAGGUAAAUUAUUUCAUUUUGUUAUCAUCAUUUCGCAGUAAAAAUAAAUAAUCGGUAGACUUAUUUUGACUAGUGGUCAGUUGAUGUGGUUUAUAUACAAACCCAAGUUAUCCUUGUUCCUGUUGACCGUUUGGUUUUUUCGGUGUUUCGUCGUUGGGAACAAGGGUGGUCGAGUACACUAGGGUUUAAAGUAAAUAUUUUCAUUGUAUAAUUUUAUUAUUUCUGUUACAUCGGAAAUCAAGUACUUGAUGAGCAAACAAAAUUAUCGGGCAUGAAACCCAAUACUAUUGGUAAUAAAAUACUAAAAUAAUUAUAAAUAAAAUAAAUAUAUGAUACAAUAAAAAUAAAUAAUUUAAAAAAAAUACAAAUUCCACGGAGGUGGCAAUGAACUCUGGUGUUGCGGUGAGUAAAGAUUAGAUCGACUAGGUUUAUAGUAGCUUGUUGUCGGGAACUAUAUCCCAAAAGGUAUGUAUAUGUUAACGUUGAGUAUUUUCCUAUGGAAUGUUCACGCUCUCACGCGCGAUCUUCAUAGCUCCAUAUAAAUACUCCACGCGGAUACCUUGCAUAAAACGACUUGGCGUGCACUCUUGUUCCAGCAAAACUCGUUCCCUUUUAUUCUCUUUUUAUUAUUUUUUACAUUUAAACCUGAGGAAUAGAACGUUACGUGGCUUUGCGCGAGUAAUGCGUGGGCGGAACAGAUGCCCCUUGUAGAAGAGGACGGGCGAAAGGGCUACACUGCGGUUCGACUUGGAAAAUUAUACAAGCUCUCCAGUAACUAUCUGUCUAUCUAUUUAUUGCUCACUAUACUCUCGUAAUAUGUGUACCCCAGCUAUUAUCAUUAUUUAUUUAUUCAUUUGCUUAUUAAUGCUUUCAUCAAUUAUUAUUUACAGCAAAAGCUUUUGCGUUUAAUUUAUCGUAUUUUAAUCAAAUCAAAUUAAAUUAAAUUUUUUUUUUCAUUGAUUUGCGUCGGAAAAAUUUAUCAGUCAAUUAAAUUAUAGAAGCAAUCUACGCACGCACGUAUAUUUAUUCAUAACUGAUCGGAAAUUUGAAUGGGAUGAUUAAAAAUAAAUUGCUGGAUAUUUAAAUUGUAUAACAAGUAUUAGUGAUUAAAUAAAAUAUGUGGUAUGAAUUUUGUUAAUUAAAAUUAAAUUAUUUGUUGUUAUUAUUGAUAACGGAUUUGAAUAUUUAGUAAUUUAUUGAUAAGCAUUGUGCGUAGGAAUACGGUGUUAAUAAAUUAGUAAAUGUUGAUAGAUAAGGACGUAACAGUAUAGGCAGUUUAGAUAGUAAUAUUUCGAGAUGGAGAGGAGAAUAAUGGAUCAUAUGUGGGCUAUCUUCUGUAUUUGACAUGCAUAAUAUCUCUCCGAAGGUUUCGAGUACAUUUUAGUGCCAAUGUCAAAUCCAACGCAGGGCACCUACGUGAUCUAUUGUUCCAUCAUGGAUUGCUUGACGUGAGUAAUGUCAAUGGAAUUACUACUCUACGUGCCUACGGAUGCCGAUGGGUUAAGCGCAUCGGGUUUACAUUUACGAUACAUAACUGAUUACGAUUAUUUAUUUAUUGACGCAUUAAAUUUAAAUUUUUACGCCGUCAAAUUCGCAAUAAAUAUAUGAAUUAGUUAUAAAUUUAUGCAAAGAUUAUUUUGUGAGAAUAAAUGAUGUAUAAAUAAAAAUAGUGUUGAGAAGCCGGACUAAUGGUAUAAAGGCUGACAAAUGUAAUAAAAGAAGAAAGAUAGAUAGAGAAGAGGAUUUAAAAUAUGAAAUAUAUGUGUGUUAAAAUAAAAAUUAUUGGUAAUAUAAAAAUACCGGCUACAACUGCGAGUACGAUGCCGAGGCUGAGGAUGAGGAUGAGGGUGAAGAGAACGACAAGGAUGAUGACGACGCGGCAGCUCGUGCUGAAAGCAAUAAACUAUGAUUUAUCGAGGUGAAAAUCGAAUCCCGGGUGAUUUGUAGUCACGGAGUUGGCAGUAGGGAGGAUUCCAUAGGGCCCGCUGGUGGUAUCCUAUCGGUUAAACUGCUGCCCUGAGGACAGUCGAAU